GUACAGCUGGUCUUUAUGUUCCUGAACUGUAUCAUAAUCUACAAGUACUGGUAUCUGAUAUAGAGGAGGACAUCAUCUCACAUGAUAGGAGAUAUAAUUAUAAUAAAGAUACUGUCGUUAAUUUGACACAUGAGAAGAAUAGACUUGAAGGAAUUAUUUAUGACGAAGAAAAGCAGAUUGAGAAACUGACUGAAAUUAUGAAUUUUAUAUCAAUUUUUGAUGAUUCAUCAGUGAGAAUUACCCUAACGGAAUGUGACGAUAUACUGACAAGAUUACUAGAAAAAUAUCCUGAGGAAUACAAAUUGUACGAAUUGUCUUCAAUUGCAGUUGCUGUUGUAUUUCCAAUGGUAUGUAUCACUAUUCACUAA